UGACGACGCAUCUACCACAGAGUAUCGCUACGGUUCAGCUAACAUGGUAGCUGGCUAGCCGACGUAAAACCGAGAUACUUGAUGCUUGAAACCAUUUUCUUUGUAACAAAUCAAGUGGUAUAUUGGUUCAUAUAAUUCAGUAUUUAUAGUGUCAGUUAGUUGGUUAAGAUGGCUCAACACUAAAUCGAUAAGCGCUAAUGCUCACUAGCAAGCUAUUAUCCCCGACUAUGAGCUCCCUGCAGUUCUGCGUAAAUACUGAAAAAGAGGCCUGGACGGAGGAAGAAGCCUUGGUGAAAGAGAAGGAACUGAGGAUUGUUACUGUUAAAAAAGAAGUAGAUUGUGAUAUUGUUAGAAUGAAAGAAAAGGGGGGGCCUGUCAGUGUAAUACAGGAGGAGGGGGUUGCUGUAAAAAAAGAGGAUGCCGUCUUUGGAGUGAAAGAGGAGGAUGAGGAGAUGACUGUCACUUUAAAGGAAGAAGAGGAACAGACUGGAGAUCCGAUUAACUACAUGAAACAGGAGGACAUUAACAUCACAGUUAGAGAAGAGGAAGAAGUAUUUGGAGUGAAGGAGGAAGGAGAGAUUACUGUCACAUUGGAAGACGAUGAACAGGAGGACAUUGAACAAAGCUCAAACCCAGGCUCAGGCAGCGGUGCCAGUUGUGCAGCAUCAACAAACUGUAAACAAGGCAGACAGAAGCCCUGCUGUCAUGAAAAUGUUAUUUGUCCAGCUCACCUGAUGCUCAAACAACAGAAGCGAUACCCCUGCUCCCAAUGUGGGAAAAGCUUCAGUCGGGCAGGAGAACUAAGGAGUCAUCAGAGAUCACACACUGGAGAGAAGCCUUACAACUGCUCUCAAUGUGGGGAUGGAUUCACUCUGCUAGGAAGUCUGAAAAGUCACCAGAGAAUACAUACAGGGGAGAAGCCUUACAAAUGCACCCAGUGUGAAAAGAGCUUUAAUCGUUCAGGAAGUCUUAGACAACAUCAAAGAGUACAUACAGGGGAGAUGCCUUACAAAUGCUCUGAGUGUGGAAAGAGCUUUAAUCAUUCAGGAAGAUAUAGAGCACACCAAAGAGUGCAUACAGGGGAGAAGCCUCACCACUGCACCCAAUGUGGGAAGAGUUUCAGUCGGGCAGGAAUCCUUAAGAUUCAUGAAAUAACUCACACAGGGGAGAAGCAUUUCCACUGCACUGUGUGUAAGAAGAGUUUUACAAGAGAAGUAGCUCUAAAGAUUCAUGAAAGAGUCCACACUGGAGAGAAACCUUUCUGCUGUUCCACAUGCGGCAAGUGUUUCAGUGACAAACUAAACCUUAAUAGACAUGAGAGAGUACAUAGUGGGGAGAAGCCUUACCUCUGCACACAGUGUGGGAAGUGCUUAAGUAAUUCAAGAACCCUUAAAGAACACCAGCGGAUACAUACAGGGGAGAAACCAUACCACUGCUCUCAGUGUGGGAAGAAUUUCCGUUUUGCAGGAGACCUACAGAAACAUCAGAGAUCGCAUAGCAAAGAAAAGCCUUACCAGUGUUCUGUAUGUAAGAAAUGUUUUUCUCAGCAACGAAACCUAAAGACUCAUCAGCAGAUACACAUUGAACAGAGACCUGCCCACACUCUCGAUGUAACUGUUGAAGAGGGUAAGAGGGAAAUUAGUGUCUGGGAGAGAAUAGGUGAGACCAAGGGAAAUAGUACUAUAUUCCCUGACCCAAGGACAUCAACAAUACCUGGUCGUAGAAGUUACCCCUGCCCUCAAUGUGGGAAGAGUUACAGUUCCUCAAGUAAUUUAAAGACUCAUCAAAUAGUACACACUGGAGAAAAACCUUUCUGCUGCUCUAAAUGUGGGAAAUGUUUUAGUAAGAAGGUAACACUUCAGAGACAUGAGAAAGUACAUGAAAAAGGAACAAAUGAAGAAAAACAUUUCCACUGCUCUGUAUGUGGGAAGAAUUUUAGUGAGAAAGCGUCCCUUAAGAGACAUGAGAAAGUACAUAAUAAAGAAAAGCCUUACCACUGCUCCCAAUGCGGAAAGAUUUUCAAUGGUGCAAAUGCUCUACAGAAACAUGAGAGAAUACAUGUCAGAGUGAAACCUACCUUUACUUUGAAUGUGAUUAUUAAAGAGGAGGGAGAAGAGAGAGAAAUUAAAGAAGAGAGAGAAGUGGAGGAAUAUGAGAUAGAAGUGAAAGAAGAGGAAACAUAAGGUAACUUUCCUUGGAUUCCCCAGUGAGGUCUAUCUCUAUAUGAAGGUCGGUCCCAUGUAACUCAGCUGACAACAUGGUGCUUGUAAACCAGGGUAAUGGAUUAAAUGCCCAUAGGGCCAGGAUGAAAAAGUAUGCUUUCUCUAAUGAAAGUCCCUCUGGAUGAGAGCAUAUGCUAAGUGAUUUACAUAAAUGUAUAUUAUUUUACUUCUAUGACUGUAUUUCAAGUCUGUAAAUAAACUAUUUAGGUACUACUGACUACCUAAAAUGGUGGAGGGUGUAGAUUCUAAACCAGUAUGAAGUCAAGUGCCUGGAUGCAACACAAAAGCAAGUUAUGUUUUGCAACUUCCGAAGGCAAUUUUUGAUUGACCUGCUUUCCGAUUGAGUUCAAGGCUUAUGUUGAUGAUUUACCUCCACCUGCAGUAGUGAAAUGUUUUGAGUCUAAUUCAUUGGCUGACACAUCCUUCACCGAAUUGAGUUCUGUGUUCCUUCCCUAACUUGCUUGUCCUAACCAGAUUACUUCUAAAUAAUAACUGUCUGCCAUAUCAAAGAUGGUGGAUAUUUACUAAAUACUUUUUUUAUAACGAGCUUAAAACCAAUAUAACAGUGCAGUCAAUUUCGCUCAAUUUUGUGAAUAUCUCACUUAAGAAAUUAGAAAUUUUAUGUAAUGCCAUGCUGGGGUUUUCAUCAAAUACUAAUUGCAUAAAUGUUAUGCCCAAAUUUAUGAAGUAUUUCCUUUUCAUGACUGUCCAAUUUUUUCAAUAAAAUUGGCAUUGAACAUUG